UCAAAUUCACUUGAAACAGACAUAUUUAGGUGUAAAAUCGCGAUUAUGAUCCGGAUUUGAAAUGUGAUACGGAGCGACUUAAGGUGUUAAGGGUAUAUUAAAGUAUAACAAUACAUGUUAUAUAUAGAUUAUACAUAAAUAUAUAUGUUUAUAGUGUUUUUUAUUUAUGUUAGUGAAAACAUUAUUACGUCAAUUAAUGAAUAUAUAAAAUAAAUAACAAAUCUCAAUACAAUCUUCAUGGCUCUACGAAUAGGCCAUAUUUUAUAAAAAUCAAACAAACUCAGACACAUUUUGUCCCAACCGGUCCAGGAUCUAAUCGGAAAUGCCGCGUCCGGGGCGGAACACGUACAACGACCAGAAGCCUCCGUACAGCUACAUUGCCCUCACGGCUAUGGCGAUCAGCGCAUCCAGGGAGAAGAUGCUCCCACUCAGUGACAUCUACAAGUUUAUCAUGGACAAGUUUCCAUUCUACAGACAAAACACGCAACGCUGGCAGAACUCCUUACGCCAUAACCUCUCCUUCAACGACUGCUUCAUCAAGAUCCCCAGGCGUCCUGACCGGCCCGGAAAGGGAAGCUACUGGGCGCUGCAUCCAUUCGCUGGCGACAUGUUUGAGAACGGCAGUUUUCUGCGGCGACGGAAGAGAUUCAAACUGCACCAGCAGCGACAACACGCUCUUGGUUUACUAGGAGAACAAGAAGCAAACAAUAUAAAAAAUAAUCUCGAUCUAGCGCCAUAUCUUCAAGACGAGUCGCGUUUGAGAUUACAACAGUUCGCGGCCAAUGCCGUCACUUCCGGUUACUUGCCUUACCAGCGGGACUCAGGGCAACCCACGAUACGCCACCAACAUAAACAUUCAUUUAGCAUUGACAACAUCAUCGGCACUCCGUCAAAACCUUCCGUUGAUAUCUUGCCAUCUCCGUUUCAAAUGACGUCUAUCCCUAGAUUCGUCAGUCAGUUCGCCCCAACCCACGGCUUGCCGCAUAGGCUGAUGAUGUCGUACCACGCACUUCACCCGACAGACAAUAACCUGAUUUGUAGCCUGGCGUCUACUUUCGGAAGCCUGAACGGUCAGGUGUCUCCGCUAGAUUACUACAGCUCGAUAGCGUCUCUCCAGGAACCAGCACAUCCUGUUUUGCUCGUUAAACCGACGGCGCUUUCAGCAAUAAAUUUAUUUAGUAAGCACUUCGGCCUCGGAAAAGAAUUCCACCACAGUCCACCAAGUGAAACUGCAACGGUCAACCCGAGACCUGCUCUUGUCCAUGGCGUGGACUCUUUACUGAAACCUGCAAAAGAACUUGUUGUACCAAAACAAUUUAAUUAUGACCAUACUUCCGGUCGCACUGAGACAAAAUUCGUUGAGGAUGAUGGGGGAACAUAACAUAAUGUUUCCGAAGUCAACUCGGAUUUCCACUUUUAAAAUAUUUACAUAUUUCGUGUACUACUUUGAGUAACUGUCAAAUGCCAUCAAAUAAAUUGUUAAGAGUGUUUGUUAACAUUGAAUGGUAGCAAAUUGGGAAAUACUGAAACGUGUUAACAAGCUUGCACUUUAUUCAGCAGCACGUCUUUAACACAAUCUGCAUUAACAAUAAUAAGCAUAGAAAUUCGAAGUACCGGUAGAUCUAUAGUUAUACAAACUCAAACGAGGUCUUUGUAACUUGUAAUGGAAUUUCGUAUGUGACGUAACGAGAGAGUGUUAUAUUGUAGUGUAUAUGGUGAAAUUGUUUUAAUCAAAAACGCUAUUACUAACUAUUGAAGCUCAGAAAAACACAUUACCUUCACCCCAAACCAUUACUGCAAUAGAUGUGUCGUCCUGUAUUUACCAAGAUUUAAUCUAUCACUAAAUAGAUGUCACAUAUUUACCGUUGUACUGUUUUGAUUAUGAGAUUCGUUAAA